GAGGAGAAUCGCCUUCAUGCGGCUGCGCAACUUUGGCAGCUUCUUGAUGCGCUGCAGGGGGAGGGCAGCGCUGGUAUGGCUGCUGCUGUUGAGCUGGGCACGGAAUUCGAGAUUGAGCUCGAGGAGGUGAAGCCGCUGAUUGCCAUGACUAAGCCAGACCUUUGCUUCAUGGAGGAGGAGCCUGACGAUGGAUGGCAUCGGCCACCCGACUUCCGCGAAGUGGAUCAGCCCCUAGCGGAAACGGAGGAUGAGGAGGUGUCUGAACGCGGGGCAACGCCCGAGAGGCCCGUGAGCGCGGCCGUGACGUCGGACAUCAGCGUGUCGAUGCGACUUCACAGCGUAGCGAUUGAGGACUGGCAGCGACUGGUGCUAGAAGGCGAAGUUCUGGAUGAUGAAAUGGGGCUUGAAGUCUUGCACUACCCUGCACACAUACAACUGGUGCUGCUUCCUUUCUGCAAUGCGUCUCCUGCCCAUGAGGAGGAGCUUGAAAAAGCGGUUAGACAGGCGAACAUUGCCAAGAUUGAGGAGAUACUUGAGCGGCCGCAAGAUCCAAACGUAGGAGGGGAAUACCGAAGUUAUUCAGCUGCUGCUUUCGGCUGGGGCCAACAAGGUAUACUUGGGGAAGUGCGAGCUGAUUUAGACUUGGUUGACGGUGACCAAGCCACGGCGUUGCUGCGUGCGGCUGAGAGAUCGGAAGUGGAGAUCUUGCGUUUAUUGGUGGACCUUGGCGCUGACAUGAACAAGACACAGUACCGCGGCAGAACAGCUUUGCUUUGUGCAUCCUACAGGAACAAUCUGGAAGUUGUGCAGGUUCUGGUUCAAGCCAGGGCUGAUAUCGACAAGAUCGACAACACUGGCAUGACUGCUCUGAUCUGGGCAGCUGGUGCAGGCCAUGUGGAAGUUGUCAGGCUGUUGUUGCAAGCCAGGGCGGACCAGAACAUCGCAAGCAACACUGGCCUCACAGCGUUUUUGUGUGCUUGCAGCAGAGAUCACUUGGAAAUCGUACGGUUGCUACUUGCGGGUGAGGAGUUUCGGGACGAAUGCGAGUGUGGGGCCGUAGCGCUUUUAGUUACAGCCGCCCGAGGUCACGCAGAACUCAUGGCGUUGCUGUUGGAGCACUUUGAGGGCUUGACGGCCACGUAUGGAUGGCCAGCACUUGCUUGCGCUGCCAAGCAGGGCCACAUGGGCAUGGUCCACUUGCUGUCAACGGCUCACAAAAGUAUGGUCCAAGUUCCUAGUGUUUCUUUGGCUUUGCUUGCGGCAUGUGGCCAGGGCAAUCUGGAAAUCGUAGCUGCCUUGCUCGGUGGCUGGCAGGACAUGGACAUGGGUUUGGCAACCCAAACUGGAAUGGACGCACUGCUUUGCGCGGCGAGCGCAGGUCACCAUCGAGUUGUUCUUCUGCUGCUUGAGCUACGAGCUUGCCAAGACUUGCUGAGCACUAGCAGUGCAACAGCCCUUGCAUGCAUAUGCGGAGACCGCAAGCAUGCGCGUUUCUUGCUGGAAGACAUUCUUGGAGACGACCUUCAAGAAGAAGCCGACCAGACCGCCAAUGUGCUACACACCUCAUAG